AUGGAUGAAUUUGAUAAAGAGACAUUUGCCAGCAAAUUCACGGCUAGUGAACUUGCUACUAUUCUCUCCGAAACCUAUCUAAGGAAUGAGAGACUAUAUGCAAGAAUGUUGGAGGAUAGAAAUACCUACACUCUCCUUCAAGAGGAAAACGUAAGCCUCCGGUCAAACAUUGAGGCUCUGGAAAGAAAGAUUCUUGUCCCUUUAAACUUUGUGCUUCCUGAGUCAAAUGACAUUGCGCAUGUUAGUGACAAUGCUGGCAACUAUGUCCAAGCAAAUAAUGAUAGGAAUGCAAAUGUUAAUGAAGAAAAUGAUGCUGUGAAUAUGGAUGUGCAUGUGGAUGACAAUAAAAGGAAUGAUGGUGUAAAAGAUACUGUUGGUAAGGACGGUGUUAUUGUUAAUAAUGAUCACACUGAGGUUCUUGGUGGUACUGUGUACAAUGAAGAGGUACCUAGUAUUGUUUCUGCUGAUAAGUGUGUGAACCACACUAAAGAUGGUCAAACUGAAGAAAAAGAACCAGAGAAGACUCAGGUUGAUAAAGUAAUCAACCUUGAUGAUCUCUCUGAUGAUGACCUGGUUGCUUCUAUCAAUCCAAGCAUAGCCAAAAGGCUAAUGAGGAGGAAAGGAAAGCAAGCUGUAGCUGAGGACUCUCAGAAGGAAAAGGCUGUGGUUUAUCCCACUUCUGUUGGACCCAAAAAGCCAUGGAGCAAAGUGGUGCCUAAGAAGAGAAAGGAUAGAAUCAUUGUUGAAAAUGAGUCAGAUUCUGAUGUUGCUAUGGAUGUCAAUGACAUUCAUCCCAAGAAGAAGGUCUCUACUAGCAAGCUUGCUGCUAGUGUCCCUGAAGUACCUAUUGAUAAUAUUUCCUUUCACUAUCCAUCCAGUGUACUCAGAUGGAAAUUUGUCUAUCAGAAAAGACUGGCCUUAGAGAGAGAGCUUGCUCUAAAUGCUCUUGAGUAUGAAGAGAUUAUGAACCUGAUUCAUGAAGCUGGACUGAUGAAAACUGUGACCCAAUUCACUAAGUGUUAUGAAGUCCUUGUGAAGGAGUUCAUUGUGAAUUUACAUGAAGACUGUGGCAAUAAGAACACUAAGGAGUAUCUGAAAGUGUUUGUCAAGGGAAAAUGUGUUAAUUUCUCUCCCACUAUGAUUAACAAAUUUCUGGAUAGAUCCAAUGAAGCUCUACUAGAGUUGGAAGUAUCUGAUAAUCAAAUGUGCAAAGUAAUUACUGUUGGACAAGUGAAGACAUGGCCUGUUAAAAGGAAGCUCAAUGCUAGCAAACUAAGUGUAAAGUAUGCUAUACUUCAUAGGAUUGGAGCUGCCAACUGGGUGCCAACUCAACACAAGUCUACAAUUUCUGCUAUCCUAGGUAAAUUCAUCUUUGCUAUUGGUACUAAGACCAAAGUUGACUAUGGAACUUAUAUUUUUGAGCAAACUUUAAAGCAUGCUGGAACACAUGUUCAUGAUGUUGUCACAACAUCAGCUGGACCAUCCAAAGAUAGCACAACUACGAGUAAAGCUGCUAUGAUUGCAAUACUCGGAGAAACUUGUAAGGAUCUAGAGUCCAUAAAAUUGGCUCUUGAAAAAUUGAUCAGCUCCCUUGAAACGGAUGAAGGAGCUGAGUGUGCAGAUACUGACGUGGAGGAACACGGUGAAGAUGAUGGUGGAUCAGACAGUGAGAUUGAGAAAGAAGCCAGUCCUGAUGAUGGCACUGAUGAAAGUGUUGAACUCAGUAGCUCUGAGUCUGAAGACUGA